UCCAAUCUUUUUGGGCUCUUUCCAUCGCAGUUCCUGCUUUCUUUCUCCCUACAUCCUCUUAAUUCAGUUCCUCUCUCCUUUCAUAAUUACUGUCCAAUAUAUAUACACACACAUAUCCACAGCUCAACUACACAGAGGAAUCAACUGCAAUGCAAGUAGCAGCGAAGACAACCGAGAUCGUCCCACUGGGUGGCCCAAUCGCAGUGAAUGGAGAGGCAGGGACAAGGAAGCUUGAGGACUCGUACGAGUUAGUCAGGCGGCUAGCGAGUGGAAAAGCUGUGGUGGUGUUCAGCAUGAGCGGGUGCUGCAUGUGCACUGUGGCCAAGCGCCUGCUUUUUGGCCUCGGAGUCGGGCCGACCAUCAUCGAGCUGGACGAGCUUGAUGUCGGUGGAGGCAGUGCCAGUGGUGAUAUCCAAGCAGUCCUCAAACAGCUUGCUGCCGAGGGCCAGCAGACGAUCCCCACCAUGUUCGUGGGCGGCAAGUACUUGGGCGGCAUCGAGACCCUCAUGGCCUGCCACAUCAACGGAACCCUCAUCCCUCUCCUCAAGGACGCCGGUGCGCUUUGGCUGUGAUGAACUCAGUUCAGCCUAACUCUCUCGUAGUUAGGAUACCUUAUCUCCAUCUGACUUUACAUAUUUGGAAAUCAACAGUGUAGUUAAUAUAGGUUGAUGAAUGGAUUAUUGUUGAUCAAUAUACCAUGGCUGUCAUAGGAUCACAGGGAAAGGCUUAUAGAAUACCUAAUUCGCAGGA